GGGCUUCAAUACAGAAGCUAUUGAAUUGAAGUCAUUAACUGUGUUCACACGGUGUUUGAUGGUUGAUGAAAAUGGCCCGUACGGAAUAUCGCCCGCGCUUAUCUACACCAAUAGCACUCAUUGGCAUUGCUAUGGACGACUUAAGGCGUCGCACUGGCGACGUCGUAGGUGCUUUAGUAUAUAUGAGUUUCGGAAACAUUGUACAAACAAUCACAUCUAUGUUUCUCCUGAAGAGCCGGCAACUCGCUUUAUUGAGAAUAUUUUUGGUAGGGGUGAUCUUGACUCUAAUUCUUCUAAACAAUGGCGUUACAUUCACAGUUGGAGGGCUUCGCCGUGUGGAAUAAUUUUACAAUGCACUCGUCGCGACUGUGUUCAAUGGUCUGCUCUCGGUCUUGAUCGUUGCAUUCAUCAUUCCCACAGCUCCAUUCUACCUAUCUGGAACCGCGGUCAAUAUUAUUACCAAACAAUCUAAAGGCAGGUCUAUCAUUUCAAUCUUCAUUUACGCAUUAUAUCUCUUCUUCGAGGUGAGGACCCAUGCGAUAGCUUUUAUGGAAGAGGGCCAAAAGGUGCCCAAGCACCCCAGGAAGCACGACCUACCAAAGGGAGCAGUCCCAAGGGGCAUUGCCGAAGCAGGGGCUGUAGCUGGGCUUGGUAGAGCAAACAUCACUGAAAGUCCCCCCCCCCAGCGAUGAAUUGGUAGACUCAAAUGCGUUUGAAAUUGUUAAAGAGGA